AUGUGGACGCCUGCAGUCUGUACAAGGAACCACAGAUAUGUCUGCAAAAAGCCGAAGAUUGAUGAUGGAACUGUCCACACGCCUGCUCCUCCACCAACUCCUGGCUUUGAGUCGCGUUGUGGCUGGGGUUGGGAGUAUGACGUCGCCUCUGAAACAUGCUACACCUUCCGGCCAGACAGCUCCGAAAACUGGCAGGACGCCCUCUAUCAGUGCCGUGUGGAGGGCGGGGAUCUCAUCAGCAUCACGGGACUGGAGGACCAGCAGUUUAUAAACAGUCGUCUUCAGUUUUCAGGAGCUUUAUAUACUUGGAUGGGUUGUAACGACCUAGGGAGGGAAGGCGGAUGGGAGUGGAGUGAUACGUCACCAUUUGCGUUCGUCAAUUGGGAUUCAGGUGAGCCGAGUAAUGGUAUGUGGAACUCGCCCCUUGGCCAGCAUUGCUGUACCUUCAUCAGUCUGUACGGUACCUGGGCAGACCGUGAAUGCGAGCGGGCAUUGGGCUACAGCUGUAAAAGAAACGCAUACAUCUUCAAGUACUUUGUCACAUCAACCCAACGCAAGCUCCCCGACCACAGCGACGUGACCCGAUUCCGCUACAACGUCUGGCCCGUAGACUGUGCGAACCUCUGCAUGAAUGCGAACUCAUUCACGUGUCGAUCCUUCGACUACCGGCGUGAAGAGCGAGCCUGCUACCUGAGCUCCGACGAUGCUGCGUCAGCAGGGGGGCUUGUCACCACGUACGAAGGGAAUCACUAUGACUACUACGAGAGAGAUUGGACGGUCUUAGUCCCAACUGCACCUCCUCCAUUACCGAGCAGCUACAACUGUCCAACCAACUGGCGCAGCUACGAUGGUUACUGCUAUACUUUCAACACCACCCAGAAGAACUUCCAGGAGGCUCAGUCCUCCUGUCGAGACAUGGGAGCAGAGUUAGUCAGUAUCAAGGACAGGAACACCAACAACUUCAUACGAGGAUACCUGCACGAGGAAGCACCUUCGGAAAAUCGUUUGUGGAUCGGCCUGACGGACCAGGCUAGAGAGGGACUGUUCGCGUGGUCUGACGGCGAGCCAGUUACCUUCACUCACUGGAGCUCAGGCCAGCCGGAUAAUGUAAACGAGGAAGGCUGCACUGCCAUGAACAUUGACUCUGGAUACUGGAAUGAUUAUGUCUGUUGGGAGAACUAUUUGAGUUCCCUGUGCAGGAAGCCGAUGGACGUGGCUCCUCCCCCUCCAGUUAAUACGUCAUGCCCAAAUCGUUGGGUAGCAUGGAUGGGUAGCUGUUACACUGCCUAUCAGGACAAAACUGAUUGGGUGGAUGCUGGGAACCAGUGUGCUUUCAGAGGUGCUCAACUUGUCGUCAUAGAAGAUGGAUAUGAGUUAGCCUUCAUAAGCAGUGCCCUUGGUCUUCAGAAUCGAGAUGAUUUCUUUAUCGGUCUGAGUGAUCGUGCCACCCCAGGAUACUAUGAGUGGAUUGACGGCAGUUGGGUCACAUACACCAAUUGGGCCAGUGGACAGCCAGAUGAUAGAAGUGGCCAUUGUGUGACAAUUAACUCGGGUCCCAAUGCCGGCUACUGGACCGACCGAUUAUGCAGCAAUUCCUACCGUUACAUCUGUGAAAAAGCCCGGGCAGGCUGGCCAACAAGUACGCCGCCAACCGCAAACCCUCCGACCCAGCCCACCGACACUGACUGCAACGCUGGCUGGAUUGGAUACGGGGCAAACUGCUUCAAGCCCUUUGAAUUCAGCUCACCCCAAGAGGGCGCCACCUGGUUGAUGGCUCACUCAGAGUGCGAGAACAUAGGAGCCAGUCUAGCCAGCUUCCAUCACCCGAACGAGGAACAACACAUCGUGAAUUCAUUUGCACCAACUUCAGCUCAAGGUUUUUGGAUCGCACUGAACGACCGGCGAAAUGAAGGCGGUUAUGAAUGGAGCGAUGGCUCAGUAGUACAGUACACCAACUGGCAAACCGGACAACCGGACGAUAAUGGCAGACGGGAGGAAUGCGUGCAGACUUACCUCUCAAAUACCACAGGAUGGUUUGAUGCACGCUGUGAACAACCGCUGAAUUACAUCUGUAAAAUACCCAAAGGUGUCGAAUUAAGAACAACUGUUGAUCCCUCAUUAUCUCCAGGCGAACCGUGUGUUGAUGACCCAACGUGGAUUCACCGAUACCCCUACUGCUACUAUUUCAGCUCAUCGUCCGAGGAAGAUGGCGUCUUGGACUGGCAUUAUGCCGAGGCUUGGUGCAAGUCCAAGAACAGCCAUCUUGUGUCCAUCCAUGACAACGAAGAACGCAGAUUUCUCGUCAGAUAUAGUGACACGUUUGCCUCAUAUUACUGGAUUGGGUUGAGAGAGAAUGGAUCCCACGUAGGGCACUAUGAGUGGUCUGAUGGCACAUUUUUGGACUAUGAAAAUUGGCGCACUGGCCAACCGGAUGACAGGAACGGUGAAGAGCAAUGCGUAGAAAUGAACAAGUUUCUUGCAUUAUUUCCAGGCCGUUGGAGCGACUCCAAUUGUGGCGUUGAGCGCCAGUUCAUCUGCAAGCGCAACGUGGACGACCCGCCGGUCGCCACUCACUCGCCCACGGAUGUACCCACCGGUGGCUGCCCAACGGGCUGGUGGGAGUACAACCAUCGGUGUUACAUGAUUGGCGGUACGACGUUAGAUACGCGGAAGACAUGGCUCGAUGCCAGGACGGAAUGCCAGAAGACACCGGGAGCCAACCUGGCCUCCAUUCAUGACGAUAACGUCCAAACGCUUCUGGCAGCAUUUUUGAUAGCCACUGAAUACGACGUGUGGGUCGGCCUGUCGUCUCUGAUCAGUGGCAGGUUCCUUUGGACCGACGGAAGCUCAUUCGACUACGAGAACUGGGGAUAUAACCAGCCGGAUUUUUUCAAUACGGGGAAUGACACGGACUGUGUCAGGCUGAUGAACGAAGCGGAAGAAACAGGCAAAUGGAACGAUGGCGAAUGCACAACACGGAACAGCUACGUUUGCCUCAUGAAACCGGAUCCAACGAUUCCAGAGUCCCCCUUCACACCCCCACCCUGCCCCAGCAAGCCCGGCUAUAUUCAGUACGGCCAGUCCUGUUUCAAGCUGGAUACUUCUACCAAGCGCUCUUUCUCUGACGCUCAGGUUUAUUGUGCUGCUGAUGGGGCUACAGUAGCCUCCGUGUUGAGUGGCUACGAGCAGGCACUGAUACAAACGCUGCUCAAUGAAUAUGCAGAUAAGAGUGCGUGGCUAGGGCUGCACAGAGACUCGACUACAGACGCACUAACUUGGGAGGAUGGAUGGCCGCUCCACUACACCAACUGGGGGUUCAACUCUCCAACUAAUCUGGGUGAUUGUACCGUCAUGGCUGAGAAUCUAUUCCUGUAUGAAGACGGGGAGUGGGCUACAGUCAGCUGUCUGGUCCCACGAUACACUGUCUGCAAGUAUAAUACAGCCACACCCCCGACUCCCCACCCAACAUCAGCCGCGGGCUACUGCCCCUCUGGUUGGACGGACUUCGGCUCCAGUUGCUACUUGGUUCCUUCGAAUUGGCUGACCAAGAAAUCCUUUGCCGAAGCGCGCUACGACUGCGAGUUCAACCGCGGCGGGGACCUGGUGACGAUCGGCAGUCAGGCGGAGAACCAGUUUGUACGUCAGCUGGCCGCGGAGAAGAAUGGUGUCUCGGAAUUUAUACUUGGCUUGCAUCGCAAUACAAAUGGUGGCUGGGAAUGGAUAGAUGACACUCCUGCUUCGUAUGUCAACUGGGGAAGUGAGACACCGGUGAACAUGUUUCAGAACUGCGUCGUGAUGCAUCUGGAUUCUCAGGGCAAGUGGUUUGGCACCUACUGCUCUACGAGGAACCACUACAUGUGUGAGAAGCCGAAAAGUAAGAAUUAUUUUGUCGAUCAGUUUGUUUACACUUUUUCUUUUUCAGUACCUUAUUCCUCUACGCAUGUGCCGAUCAGUGUGACUGGGCAUGGCACACUUCCUCCCGUUGUUCCAACGACCAGAGUUGCCACGACAGUUGAGGGGGGAGACCAUUGCCCGACCGGUUGGCCUGCACGCGGUGACUAUUGCUACUACAUACAGAACCCGUCUACAGACAUGUUGACUUGGACCGAGGCCGAUGCGUACUGCAACAAUCUUGGUGGCUACUUAGCCUCAAUCCACUCCAUUGAGGAGAUCAGCUUCAUCCAAUCCCAUCUUGAACCAGGGGUAUCAUGGCGUUAUUGGAUUGGCCUGAGAGAAACAGCUGCCGGAGGAACUUACAAUUGGUCAGACAAGACCGAUUUUUCCUAUGACAAUUGGCACCCUGGCGAGCCUAAUGAUUAUGGAGGGGAGGAGGAAUGUGCUGAGAUGCACUCGUCCCUCGGUACGUGGAACGACAUGGCCUGCGGCACUCCUCAGCCGUUCGUCUGUAAGAAGCUCAACACCAGCACCAACCCUAUCCCCGUCCCGACCCCGUACCCAUUCACAGGCGGCUGCGAGGACGGCUGGUCCCGUGUAGGGUACCAGUGUUAUCGGCUCCUCGGAGCGGGCUCAGUUUCAUCGUCCGGGCUGCCGUAUCGACAGGCCAAAGCUGAUUGCAUCAGUCGGGGGGCUGUCCUUGUCACCGUGUCUAGUCCUGAGGUUCAGAUUUUCCUGAAUGCUCUAAUGGGCCAGCAGACCAGUUCCCAUUCUUGGAUCGGUCUCAAUCGAUUAGUCGGUGACUUUCACUGGACGGAUGGGUCACGGUUGAACUACACCUACUGGGCUCCAGGCUAUCCAGCCAUUACAGGUGGCUGUGUCCAUAUGCUAAAUGACAACACCACAUCUGGGAAGUGGGUCAACGUGGAGGGAUCUGACAGUGAGAGCUACUUCUGUCAGCAACCACUUAAUAAAAGCCUCCCAGAUACAUGGACUGGUGUACAGUGUGACGCAGCAGGCUACUACAAGUUUGGUCAAGCCUGCUACAGGGUUGAAGCGACACCAAGCAGCUAUGCCGAAGCGGAAGCCAACUGCGAGAAAGACCAAGGAACUCUGGCCUCUAUCGGCGACGGUCUGCAAGAGGCGUUAAUCCGAAGCAUGCUUACCUACUACGACGUUGGUGAUGCCUGGAUCGGACUCAGGCGAGAUAGUAAAGGUACCUUCACUUGGCUGAAUGAAAACCAACUGUCGUACGUGAAUUGGGGUGAGAAUGAGCCCAGUUCAUUGGAGGGUGAGGGAUGCGUCAGAAUGCUGGCUGGGAAGACAUGGGAUAACACGGACUGCUCCUCCACGCGAGCAUCUAUCUGUCAGAUCGGUGGAGUGUCUCCCAUCCCGACCAGUGUUGCACCACCGGACUGCAAUAUGGAAGGCUGGGAACAAGACGGCGGCAGCUGUCUUCUCUUCAACACUGGCUUGAUGCGGACGUCUCGCGAUGAAGCUCAGAGGAAAUGCUGGCAGGACUACCGGGCCACGUUGCCCGUGGUGCACAGCGACGAGCAGAACGAGUUCAUUCGGAGGAACGCCACGAAAGACGAAGCGCAGAGUUCUGGCCGAGUGUGGCUUCAAAUGUACAGGAAUUCAAACGGCGUCUUCGUGUACAAUGACACAGACGGAAGCCAAGUGGACUAUGUGAAUUGGGCCGUAAGACAGCCUGAUGGUCAGUCGUCCGGAGCUGACUGUGUGGCCAUGGACUUGACCGAUGGCAAGUGGUCUGAUGAGUUCUGCCAAGUCUUGAAGGCCGAUUGCGUCUGUCAACUGCUUCCUCAAGGUUACCCUCAUACAGGAAAACCUCACACAGGGAAACCUCACACAGGGAAACCUCACACAGGGGAGCCUCACACAGGAAAGCCCUACACUACAGACAUUGGAGAGCCAGGCACCCCAGAGCCGAGAACCGGAGGUUUGUCGACUGGUGCUGUCGUUGGUAUCGUGUUUGGCAUCCUUAUUGCCAUUUCCAUCGUUCUUGUCGCUGUGUACUUUGUCUUGGCCUAUCGGCGGGGCAAAGGCAACCUGAUGGAGGACCGUAUGAUCACGUCCACGACUGGCUUCGAAAACGCAACUUACUUCUCCAACAUGGAGGCCGAGAAUAAAAGUGACAUUUGAAUAUUUUCUGGUGAAGUUGCCCAAAACCCAAAUUUACUCCAGUCUGUAGUUCAUAAUUCAGUUGAGAAACGUUGAAUGUAUUAUACAAUCUAACGACUAACGCAAUGAAUCACUGAGAAUUGGAAAGGUGACUUAAAAUGUUACAGUAAUCAGAAAUUAUCAAAGACAAUGGUAAUCUAUUUUUUAGAGGGGUGAAAUUUGCCGACAAACAUCAGAAAAAAAUACUCAGUGAGUAAAAGGGAUUUUUGUUUGUUUUGAGAGGAAGAUUGUAAAUCCUUAUUAGAGACCAUACAUCUGAGCCCAAUUUCUUGGUUCUGCUUACCGUUAGCAAAAAAUCCCUGCUUACUAUAGCAGGGGAUUCCAUGCUUACGGCAAGCGUAUUUCACGGGUUAACGAGCAAUUUUAGCUUAUGCGCAUGCAUACAUCCCGUAACUAAGCAUUCUGUGCUUACAGGGUAAGGGCAGUAUGUUUCUGUAAGUGCAGAAUGCUGAUCGUGUAAGCGCGGAAUUCUGUGGUUUAGAAGAGCCAUGAUAUUGGGCCCUGAUCUCAAAGAAAACUGCUAUUCAUAAUUAUGUUUUCUAUCUUCAGAAAACUUCACGUCUUGCUUAGUAAGACGAUAUUAAUUUGCGCUGUUACGAAACCACUGUAGUGAAAAUAUGCUAAUGUUGCAGAGUUAGGUAGGACUUUAAAUUUCAUGUUUUCUGAUCAUCUUUCAAGUCUUUAAUUGAAUUGCAAUAUUGUCAGAAACCGUGUCGUUAUAUUUUAUUUUUUGUCUUCCCUGGAUCACACAAGUGUUGUUGUUUUUUUGAAUAAUUUGUAAACAUCCAUAGCUGAAUACUAAUGUAAGGCAGUCUUUGAGGCUGACAAUUCACAAUAACUAGAUUCUAGAAAAGCAUGAAGUGCAAAAUGAAAGCGUUUUUAUUUCUUGCAAUUUGUAACAUCUUUAUAGUUUUACUUAAGUGUUUUUUUUAUCUGAGAGGUUAUGUAGACUAUUGCUUGUGUGCUGUGGCUUAGUAUAAAUGUUUAUUUAUAAAUGAUUCAGUGAUUUAUAUGUUAUAAAUGACUUGAAGCUUUUCAUGGCGGAUGAUAUAAAUUACAAAGUU